AUGUUUUCUCUCUUCCUAGACAUUGACGAAUGCUUAAGCUCCUCCUGCGAGGGCCAGUGCGUGAACACAGAAGGCGGAUUUGUGUGUGAGUGUGGGCCCGGCAUGCAGCUGUCUGCCGACCGCCACAGCUGCCGAGACACUGACGAAUGCCUCGGGACCCCCUGUCAGCAGAGGUGUAAAAACAGCAUCGGCAGCUACAGGUGUUCCUGUAGACCGGGUUUCCAUCUCCAUGGCAACCGGCACUCCUGUGUAGAUGUAAACGAGUGUCGGAGGCCUAUGGAGAGGCGAGUCUGUCACCAUUCCUGCCAUAACACGUUGGGUGCAUUUCUGAGGAAGAACCUUCCGGACGGAGAGAGCUGCAGACGCCGGCUGGGCCCCCACGUCUGCCUCUCAGGCUUCGGGAGUGGCUGCUGCCCUGGCUGGGCACCAUCCAUGGGCAGUGGGCACUGCACCCUUCCCCUCUGCUCCUUUGGCUGCGGGAGGGGUAUCUGCAUUGCUCCCAACGUCUGCUCCUGCCAGGACGGAGAGCAAGGGGCCACCUGCCCAGGCUGUUUUCACAGUGGCGUCAUCCGAGCCGAAGGGGACGUGUUUUCACCUGCCAAUGAGAACUGCACCGUCUGCGUCUGCAUGGCCGGAAAUGUGUCCUGCAUGUCCCCUGAGUGUCCUCCCGGCCCCUGUCAGACCCCCCUGAAGUCAGAUUGUUGUACUUGUAUUCCAGUGAGAUGCUAUUUCCACGGCCGGUGGUACGCGGACGGGGCUGUGUUCAGUGUGGGAGGUGAUGAGUGUACCACCUGUGUCUGCCAGAAUGGGGAGGUGGAAUGUUCCUUCACACCAUGUCCGGAACUGGAUUGUCCCCGAGAGGAGUGGUGGCUGGGCCCUGGACAGUGCUGCUUCACCUGCCGGGAGCCCACACCCAUGACAGGCUGCUCUCUCGACGACAACGGGGUUGAGUUUCCUAUUGGACAGAUCUGGUCUCCUGGUGACCCCUGUGAGUUAUGCAUCUGCCAGGCAGAUGGCUCAGUGAGCUGCAAGAGGACAGACUGCGUGGACUCCUGCCCUCACCCAAUUCGGAUCCCUGGACAGUGCUGUCCGGACUGUUCAGCAGGCUGCACCUACACAGGCAGAAUCUUCUACAACAACCAGACCUUCCCAUCCGUGCUGGACCCGUGUCUGAGCUGCAUCUGCCUGCUGGGCUCGGUGGCCUGCUCCCCGGUGGACUGCCCCAUCACCUGCACCUACCCUUUCCACCCCGACGGGGAAUGCUGCCCGGUCUGCAGAGAUUGCAACUAUGAGGGAAGGAAGGUGGUGAAUGGCCAGGUGUUCACCUUGGACGAUGAGCCUUGUACCCAGUGCACGUGCCAGCUGGGAGAGGUGAGCUGUGAGAAGGUGCCCUGCCAGCCGGCCUGCUCGGACCCCUCCGCACCCCCUGGGGACUGCUGUCCCUCCUGUCCAGAUUCCCUGGAAAGAAGAGCCGUGGAGUCUGGCAAGGCAGCUCGGAGCCCCCGUGGGGACACUGAGGCCCCGGUGAACUGUAGCUCGUGCCCGGGCCCCCCAGCAGCGUUGUCUGAGAGGCCAGUGCCCCAUGUUCUCCAGCUCCUCUUCAGAACGAACGUGACCACCACGCAGACUCUACCCACGAGCCCCUCAGGAGACCAGGCCUCACCCUCACCCCAUCCGGGGUCCGGGGGCACAUUCCCAGGGGAGCCGGGGGCCUCCCAGCCCUCCCCGGGGCCUUUGAUCCUUCCAAGAGCCUCCACUCUACCUCUAGCUGCUCCCGGGGCUCCUGGGCCUCCUCCUGUAACCCCAGAGCCUGAAUCCUCAUCUGGAGCCCAGACAGCAACCAGACAGCCCUCUCCGCCUGCCAUCGUCCUGACUGAACCGUCAGCCCGUUCCGCGACGGCCCCCAGCCCCUCAGAGACCCCCGCCACCCUCCUCCGGCCUCGCAGACUCUCUCCCGCCGCCUCCAGACUGUCUGAGGCCCUGGCAGUCGUGGCCAGCCCCAGCCCCCGGCGCACGGGGACCUCAGAGGGGGAGGAAUCCACCGGGUAA